GCACGCGUCCUGACGCUCAGUCUGCGCUGUAGCGGCGGUUUGGAGUCAUAUAUUACAGAAAUGGGCAGAGGUUGCGGUCAGAAAAGGGGUGGUAAGGCUAAGAGAGGCGAGCUGGUACCAAUGCCAGUUUGGGACGAACACAUGGCGUAUGAGGAGCUCCUUUACUGGGACAGUCUGAUUCAUCUUGGCAGGCGCCUUCACCCACAAGACUACGAUAGAUACGAAGAACUGCGCUACUGGUACGACUGUCUGUGUUACAAGGAGGACCUAAGAAUAUAUUACCAGUACCAAGCAGCUGAAGACGCUGCCAGACCGGACCCCCAGGACGAAACUUCAGAAUUUGUCAUGCGCCCAAUCAGAAUCUUUGUGAAUGAUGAUCGCCAUGUUAUGGCAAAACACUCUGCAGUAUAUCCAACACAGGAAGAACUUGAAUGUGUCCAGAACAUGGUGUCUCAUACUGAGAGAGCUCUCAAAGCUGUGUCCGACUGGCUAGAUGAGCAAGAGAAAACCAAUAACAAACCGCCGUCAACUGUGAGUGAGGAAUCUGCCCCGGAGGAAAAGGAAAGCGAGCAGAAACCUGACCAGGCAACAAGGACAUUGCGAGGGGUUAUGAGGGUAGGCCUUGUGGCCAAGGGCCUGCUCUUGAAAGGGGAUCUUGAUCUGGAAUUAGUUCUCCUCUGUAAAGAGAAGCCUACCAUCUCACUCCUUAAGAAAGUAGCAGAUAAUCUGACUGUUCAAUUGAAGACUGUGACAGAAGAAAGUUAUGAGGUAAUCCAGAGCAUACGAGAAGCGGCUAUAGUCAUCAAAAGUACGAAAGAGCCUGUGCUGUCUCUCACAAUACAUUUGACUUCUCCAGUAGUUCGAGAAGAAGCAGAGAAGCAGGCUGCUGGAGAAACGCUAUCAGUCAACGAUCCUCCGGAUGUUCUGGACAGGCAGAAAUGCCUUACUGCCUUGGCGUCCCUCCGCCACGCCAAGUGGUUCCAGGCAAGGGCAAAUGGUUUGAAGUCCUGUGUCAUUGUUAUCCGUAUCCUUAGAGACUUGUGUUCAAGAGUUCCUACCUGGUCUCCAUUAAGAGGAUGGCCACUUGAGUUACUCUGUGAAAAGGCCAUUGGAACAGGUAACAGGCCAAUGGGUGCUGGAGAGGCCCUGCGUAGAGUCCUUGAGUGCAUUGCCUCAGGAAUACUUAUGCCAGGUAAAGAUGGCCCUGGCAUUUCUGACCCAUGUGAAAAGGAAAUCACUGAUGCCAUUAACCACUUAGACAGACAGCAGCGAGAGGAUAUUACACAGAGUGCUCAGCAUGCAUUGCGGUUGGCUGCAUUUGGACAACUUCACAAAGUGUUGGGAAUGGAUCCUCUGCCUUCAAAAAUGCCAAGAAAGCCAAAAAGUGACACCCCAAUUGACUAUACAGUUCAAAUCCCUCCUAGUACAACUUACGCUCCCCCUGUGAAAAGACCUAUAGAAGAAGAAGAAGGUGGUGAUGACAAGAGCCCUAAUAAAAAGAAAAAGAAAUUGCAAAAAAAAGCUCCUGAAGAGAAAGCUGAACCCCCACAAGCAAUGAAUGCACUAAUGAGGUUAAAUCAACUGAAGCCCGGUCUCCAGUACAAACUUAUUUCUCAGACGGGUCCAGUUCACGUUCCUGUUUUUACUAUGGCUGUUGAGGUUGAUGACAAAACAUUCGAAGCUUCAGGGCCCUCCAAGAAAACUGCAAAACUUCAUGUGGCUGUUAAGGUUCUGCAGGACAUGGGACUGCCGACGGGAGUAGAAGUAAAAACUGCUGAACCUGUAAAAACUGAGGAAGUUGUAAAUGAAGUGGAGAUUAAACCAUCUGUAGUAGCACCCCCUGUUUCAGAGACCAGUAGUAACUCGAAUGUUCAGAAUUCAGACUCUGGCAAUAAUUCUGAGAAUGCUCGGCAACAGGGUCCAAUUUUGACCAAGCAUGGUAAGAAUCCAGUAAUGGAGCUAAAUGAGAAAAGGAGAGGUCUAAAAUACGAGUUAAUAUCGGAGACUGGAGGCAGUCACGACAAGCGCUUUGUCAUGGAGGUUGAAGUGGAUGGAAUGAAAUUCCAGGGUGCUGGCUCUAAUAAAAAGGUGGCCAAAGCCUAUGCUGCUCUAGCUGCUCUUGAAAAACUCUUUCCUGAUGCACCUGCUGUAGACCCAGUUAAAAAGAAGAAACCACCACCGAUGCAUAAUCCUGGUUUUGGGCUGAUGGCUGCCGGUGCAGCAGGAGAUGCUCCCGUUAACCCCAGAGGGCGAGGAAGAGGUGGACGUGGAAGAGGCAGAGGCAGGGGAUUCAAUAAUGCAGGAGGCUACAACCAAGGAGGAUAUGGAAGCUACGGUUAUGGAUCAAAUGCUAAUUCUGGUUUUAAUAACUAUAACAAUGGUGGUGGAUCUGGAGCAGCCUCGACAGGCAGUGGUGGUGGUGGAGGAGGAGGAUACUCCUACUAUCAGAAUGAUGGUGGCUACGGCCCUCCUCCACCAAAUCCUAAGCCUGUUGCCAAAAAGCCUUUACACCAUCAGGGGGUUAGUGGUGGUGCUGGUCUUGGAAAGCAGCCCUUCAGUGGAGGAGGGUCAGCAGGCUACCAUUCACAGGGCAAUCCAGGCCCCUACAGCCAGGGCCAGUAUUCAGGAUAUAGUCAAGGUGGCCAAGCAAAGAAGAGCUUCAACUCCAGCCAAGGAGGUGGAGGCGGAGGCAGCUAUUCAAACUACAGCACAGCCUACCCUAGUCAGGUGACUGGGGGGAGUGGAGCAGGAUAUGGCAGUAACAGUUACGGAUCUGGAGGAGGAUCCUAUUCAAACCCGCAAGGAGGCUAUGGUGGAGGAUCUUCUGGUUCUGGCAGCAGCUAUCAAGGCUUUGGCUCUCAGAGUUACAGCUCACAAGGUGGAAGCAGCCAAAGCUACGGUGGCAGUCAGUCUUCAUAUUCUAGCCAUCGGGGGUAUGGAGGAGGAGAACAAGGCUAUCAAUACAGAUGAAUGAGUUGAAGAAAACUUCACCCCAGAGGAUGAACGAUUCAGACAUUUACGUUUUCAUAUUUUUUCUUUUUUUCUUUUUUUAUUUUAAUUGCUUGGCAGAUUGCGUGGACUUCUCCAUAUAAUCCCUCUGAGACUGAAGUUGUUUAUUUUAGCUUUGGAGGCAACGAGUUUGUAUAGCAUUGUUUUUGUAGUGUUGAAUCUUGUGCUUUGUAAAUUUAUUUUUUUUUACUGACCAAAAUUAAAUAUAUACACACACACACACUGCUUUAAAGAGGGAUUUUAAGAUUUGCAAUCUGUAGGUUUAAUCACAGAAACAUUAAAGUGCUCAGCCAUAGUAAAUGGACUUGUUAAUGGUUGCAAUACAAAGGUGACUAUCAGCUGUGGUGGUUGACAGUUACUUGUUUGCUGUAUAGUGUGGGCAUUUCAGUGCAGUUUAGGUAGAAAAUGAAGGCUUCAGGGCAUCAAAAUAGUUGAAGUAGAAAGAAGGUAAAACCACUACACUUUAUAUUUUUCUAUUCACCUUUUUGCUAAGCUGUGCUAACAUGUUAACUUUAAUAAAUGUGACGGCUCUUGGUGUGUGAGCUUGUGUUGAAGUCCAUUUCAGUUAGCAAGUGUAAAUGUACAAGGUUUUUAACUCUGCUGUUUACCCUGAACAUGUGCUUUUUAUAAAUUAAACUUUUCUGCCCUAUUCUUUUUUUCCUUCCCCUCAUUAGGAUGGAGAAGGAAUCAGAUGCUUUACCAAAUGUAACUUUAAUAAUAUUUUUUAAAAUUAGUAUUUACAAAUAACUGGACAAUAAAUCUAGACUGAACUGAAUGGUGUUAAAUGGAUGAGUGUGAGGAGAGGAUUUGGCUGUUUUUUUGACUCACCUUUCUUUCUCGGUCAAUGGCACAAGAUACCUUUUUUAAAGUUAUGAUGCAGAAUUAUUUAGAAGCAAGUGUUUCCUAAAGCCUGACAUUGUGUUUUGUUUUGACAUUGCAAUUCCAGCUUCUUGGUGUGCCUUGCAAAUAAGGUAGAAGUGGCUGGUGGUGGCCAUUCACAGUGGAGGCUGCUUAAUUAUAGAAACCGUUAGUUUGGGAUUUUCGCUUGUCAAACGCUACAUACUGGUAGUCACCUUUUAGGGUACAAGGUGGUGGGUUUUUUUUUGUUUUUUUUUCCCCUGAUCCUUUUGUUAUAGCAAAGCAAACACAUUUUGUGGUUUUAUUCAAAAGGAAAAUCCCAUAGGAGGCUUUUUUUUUUUUUUUUCACUCAUUACUUGCAAAGGAGUAAAUGUUUUGAGAGUUGUCAGUGGAUUUAAUUCUAAGUGUGUUUAGUUAAUUUAAACAGUACUGCCAAUAACCGAAUACUGGUAAAGUGAGGAGGUGAGUGUUUGUUUGAGUCAGCAUAUUUAAAGAAAGUGAAAUUUUUCCAGUGAAUGCAAUGCAGAGUGAUAGUUGCCUUUGGGUAGCUUGAUUUAAACAGUAAUUUGAAAAUCUGUAUAGCUGUACAGAAAAAAAAAUGUUUUUUAAGCACUUUAGUGAGUGUUUAGUUUUUAUUUUUAUUUUAUUUUUUUAAACUGUGAAUUAUUUCUCCAGUCACUCAUCCAGUCCUUCACAAUAGUGAAGGCAGGGACUGAAAAAUAAAGCCUCUCACCCACCCCCUCCACCCUUCAUGUUACUUUACUUUUUCUGCAUUUGUGGCGUUUUAGUGCCAGUCAGACGUUCUGUUCUAAUGAUUUAAAUAUUGAUUGAUUCACCAAAAUGAAAUUUUAUUGGUCUUGGCUAAUUUUUUUCCCCCCAGUAAUUGUUUGCACAUUCAUUUUAUUGCCAUUUCAUAAGGCCUAAAUAAAUUAAGUCAUAAUUUUUCAUAGGCUUGCAGAAUUCAUAAUUCAGUUUCACUGAAACCAUAAAUCAGUUGAAUUUUCUCAAAGUGAAUUGAGCAAUAGAUAAAUAUAAAAAUAUAACAUUUUCCAAAAUGUGAAUAGUUAGCUCAUUUACAUACUUGGGCCACUCAUUCCUUAGUUAGGAAGUUGUAUGGAUGCACAUUAUUUGUUAAAUUGUUUUGUGUCCUGAUUGAUUGUCCCAGUAUGAUCACAUUGUUCACCUUUUCUUCAUUUUGUUUGCUUUUACUUUUUAUUAGUUUCUCACAGUAUGUCAACUUCUAUUUCUUCCACAGUGUAACCUCUAACGAUGGAAUCUUUGCCCCAAAUGCAAUGUGGCGUUUUAUAUCUCUCAUUUCCUAUAGCAUGUGAAGCAUUGUCCGUUAGCGUCAUGGCUGAUCAGUACAGGAGAGAAACAACAUUGCACAAGGAACUAAAAAAAUAAAUCAGUAUUUUUACUGAUUGAAUUCCAAAUGUACCAAUUAUUUUGCUACUUUCAGACAAAUAGUUUAGGUGGCUGAGAAUUCAGUGCAUCCCCUAGGUGUUGUGCUGGUUGUUAAGGUGGAUGUUACUGCAGAGCACUUCAUCCGCUGCUACUGGGAGCGUUGACGUGACUUGACUGUGCGAUUUAAUGGUAAACGUGAUGACUGUACCCUGGGAGAAGAAUGCGAGUUGGAAAACAAUGAGUAACAACUUUUUUUUUUUUUUUUAAAUUCAGGUUGAGGUGCCACAUGGGACCAACUAUCGUGUACGUUAGGCACUUUAUUUUAAGAUAGAAUCUGGAUGAGUGAGGCUUGGGUUGAAUGGGAGGGAAUGGAAACCAAUUCAGUCAUUGGGUCUCGGGUAAAUCACUUGAUCCACCAGUGUUCAUUUAUAGGCAAAAUCAAACAGUUGUGCUGUGAUUUGUAAGUUACUUUGGAUAAACUGUUGGCUGAAUAAAUACAAACUUUAUUGGUACCA